UGAUAUUUUCUCCGUCAUGUCCGGUCGCGGAAAGCAGGGCGGCAAGGCUCGCGCCAAGGCCAAGACGCGCUCGUCGCGGGCCGGGCUGCAGUUCCCGGUGGGCCGCGUGCACCGCCUGCUCCGCAAGGGCAACUACGCCGAGCGGGUGGGGGCCGGCGCGCCGGUGUACCUGGCGGCCGUGCUCGAGUACCUGACGGCCGAGAUCCUGGAGCUGGCGGGCAACGCGGCCCGCGACAACAAGAAGACGCGCAUCAUCCCGCGCCACCUGCAGCUGGCCAUCCGCAACGACGAGGAGCUCAACAAGCUGCUGGGCCGCGUCACCAUCGCGCAGGGCGGCGUCCUGCCCAACAUCCAGGCCGUGCUGCUGCCCAAGAAGACCGAGAGCCACCACAAGGCCAAGGGCAAGUAGAAAUAUGGCCUAGUCUGGAGCUCAAGUCUCCUGUCCAAACCAAAAGGCUCUUUUUAGAGCCAUCCACUUAAUCAAGGAAAAGAGCUGUGCCUCACGUUCUGUCAUUGGGAUAGCAGGUGUUGAGUAGUGGCAAAUCCUGUUGAAAAGAAAAUUUAUAGGCCUGUCAAUCGACCCAAGAGUCCUUGAAUUAAAAGAAGUCACCUUGCCAAAAAAGACAAACCUUUGCCCUAAGGAACCCAUAAGAGGAAAACUUGGGUGUCCUUGAUUAUUCCUGCAGGAUCAAAUGUCCAUGUGGAACCCAAACUUGGCAGCCUGUGACUUUGGCCUAGCCUUCUCUCUUCUAAUUCAAUGGAAUCCUCCUGAAUAAGACUCCCCUCUCCUAUAUGUCCUGCGUUAGUCCUGCAGGCCGGUGGACUCCUUGUUUGAAAUAAGUUCAGGCAGACAAUGCGUUUCAUAAUUGUACACAGGUGAAGUAAAGACAGCAAGGAAACACAUCGGGGAGACCAUGUGCCUUUGCAACAGACGUGAGAGGUGGACGUUGUAAGUCAGAUUUUCACCUUAACUAUACUGGCACCCAAUGAGUCCCAGUGCCUAUUCUGGCUGUUCUCGGCCACCAGCACACCCUUAUCACCAAAGUCAGAAGCUGGAGGGCGUCUUCCAUUCCUCUCCACGGAAGUACACCUCCGCCAAUGUUUAGUUUUUCCUCACGAAGAUCUUCUAAUAAAAUUAAGUUUCUAUGCC